GUGCAACCAAACGGAAAUGACUAAAACUAAACUGGUAACUCCGCAGUAAAACCAGGAAAGAAAUUCCAAGAUAUUAAAACAGUGUCUCGGAGUUAGUGCUGAAUUUGCUAGCUUUCAAAAAAGAGAAGAAAUGGCUAUGACCCAUCAACAAACUGGGUAUAAAUCACAGACAUCUCUUUCUACUGAUGCCCGACCUGACUAUGAUCCCCAAAUGCCUAGCCACGGUGACUCUUUGACUGCUCGGUCUGCAUAUAAAAGCCGGCUCCCUGGAAGUGAUCUGUCAUUGGAUGCCCAGCGUGAUGAUAAUUGGGCAUCUACAGGUGGAUCUGUGGAUGGAUUGAUAACUGGUGCAGGUACAAACACAAGAACCCGUCAUCAAGAGUCUAUGAUGCAAUCCAAAACACAGUUCAGUCCUGAUCAGACUAAAAGUGGAGAUUUUAGAAGCAUUCCAAUAUUGGAAAAUAUGAAGUCACCUGAAGGUCAUUUCCUAAGUGGCCCCUGCUCUUUACCAUCUAGAAGCUCAAUGAUUGAAUCAUUUGAAUGUUUAGAUGCUGAGAUAAGUGUAUAUAGAGACCAAAUGCCACCAGACUUAAAAGUUGGCUAUAUUGAUGUGUUAAUACUUUACCAUGAGGACAAUAGGCGGCAGGCUAUAGAAUUUCGUGACCACCUUAGAAAAGAUAUUAACCUUCCGAAUGGUGAAAAAGUAAGAGCCUUACUCUAUGAUGAACCUGAACUUGAAGCUUUGCAUACCUUAAAAAUUGGGCAUUUAGCUACUACUGUUGAGAGGAGUACAUAUGUUUUUAUGUUUCUGACAAAAGAAUUCACUUCCGACAAGUGGAUGGAAUUUUCCAGUGAGAGUUGUCUAAUGGAGGCCAUUACGAACCCAGAGAAAAUGUGGUGUGUUGUGCCUGUUUUUACAGAAAGGAGGGGGAAGUCUUUCAGGAUUCCAAUGGGGCUGAAUACGCUUAAAGGAAUAAGCUACUAUAAUAAUGAUAAGUUUUAUCGUGCUGGCUUAGAACGUUUGAUAGGGGACAAAGUUCAGAACAGGAAAGCUGCAGAUGAAAGAUUAAAAAUCAGACAAAAGCAGUGGAUAGAAAAGUAUAAGAGAGAUAUGGCGAUUCAGAAAGAAAAUUUAAGGAGAACAGCACUGAUUGAAGAACAGAAUACACAGCAACUGGUGGACGGAUUAGUGUAUGAAACAGGCCGCAUGUUACACAAUGGAGCUCUUCCCGCGCCUGAAACAUAUGACCAUCAUGGUCCUACCUAUGUUCCAUCAAGUCGCACUAGCUCAUAUGUUAGGAACAUGCCUCAUUCCCUCAGUAGUGGCAGUCUGAACCCUUUGAAGCAGCAACACCCUGCUGUACAGACACAUUUUCAGCAACUGAACCAGCAGAUGAGACCAUGGGAUAAUGUCAACAGUGAACAGCAAUGCUUGAGGCGUAGUACAUCUACUCCAAGCACCUGCGAGGGCGACAUGGGGACACCUUCAGUUGUGGCUGUUCAGCUUCGUACCCAGUAUGGUACCCAUUCUGUUGAAAUACCUGUGAGGUUGGCAGAAGAACUGAAACAGUUACCAGCAAAAGAAAGGGAGGGUAGGCUUAAUGAGUACUUUAGACAGACGCAGGAACAAACCUGUCAAAAAAGUGUUUCAGGAACUUAUGAUCCUACCAAUGUGAAAAUACCAUCCAAGAUAUGGGAAAUGAUUAAAGAUCUGCCUGAGGCUGCAAGGGAAGAAGCCAUACAAUACUUUUAUGAAGAAUUAAACAGAAAUGCAAACUCUGGUAAUGUUAUGACAGAAAACAAUAGCUUGACAAGCCAAUCCAUGCCUCAACUCUCUGGUGUUCUGGACUCAUUUAGCCAUUCUAGUUAUGGCAGUCAUCGGAAUGGUAAUGCUGAGAAUGGACAUGGCCUUGUAUCGUCAAAUGCUUCCCAACGAUAUCGAUCUGCAGAGCAGUACAUACAAGGAGGGCUUCCUGAUUUGAGCAUAUUUGAGCAGGACGGUUUGACUAGUGCGAGGAGCUUUCCAACUGAUGUGCGAUCAAUUAGUGAUGGAAAGAGUAUUAUGAACCAGAAGGGCGAUUCCAGGAGUGAUAGAAGCUGUGCAGGGACCGAGGGACUGUCCAUUGGGGAGCCUACUUCUAUGAAAAAACCAGCAAUGACCAUACAGUCUGACAAGUCAACUAAAGAACCAGCAACCAAACAUGAAAAACAUGUGCACUAUACAAUCAACGUCUAUGGCCCAACAAACCUUCAAGUAGGAGACCAUAAUAAGAUGGAGAAAAGAAGAGAUUCGACACAUUCGGAUGAUGAUGAGAGUGAUGAUAAUGAUGAGGAUGAAGAUGAAGUUGGCACCAGUGUCAAGGACUCGUCAGGAAAAUCUAAGAAGAAGCGUCAUAGCCAAGAUUCAGCACCAGGUGAAGAGCAACAGUUGAAACCGUGCAAGGAUAGUGAGUACAAUGAUGAAGAGGCCACGAGAUCAAAACUGGGCUAUGGGGAUGAAGAUGGCUCCCGUAAAUCCACAGAGAGGCUUGUGUCAGGGGAAGUCAGGCCUUCCCAGGGCCCAUCAUCAGCCUCAGGGACCUCCUGUAAUGUGGAUGCAGCCCCUUCCACACAAUAUACGCCUCCCAUGAAGUUAGGGGCCGAUACUGGGGCCAAGGUAGCAGCCAAUAACUUUCCUUACGUAGUUGCAGAAGAUGAUAGCAAUGAACAGUCUGAAGAGCCAGCUACUUUGCAGGUCAAAACUAGCAAAACCAAAGAGGGUUCUUUUUUGGAGGAGAGUGUGAACAUGCAAAGUCAGCGAUCCUGGUUAACCAAAUCCAGUGAGGGCCAGAAGAACAUAGUAAGCGUACCUCCUGUUGUAAAACCAAACGUGGUUCAGAAACAUAAUAGCCCUGAGAAACAUGGAACUGGUGAGAAGCCAAUUGCAGCUGUGAGGCCUCAGGCAGUGGUGAAGCCAAUGGAACUAGGCGAUGAGCCAGACAACGACAAUGAAGAGCUCACAGAUCCUAAAUCACUUGUCAGGUCAGUGAAUACAUCUGCUAAAGCCUUGGGCAACGCAGUUGUAUCAGGGGGUAUCAGUCAGUCCACUGUUGUGAAGCAAGUUGAUGCUGCUCCACCACAAACAAGGACAUUUUCAGUGAAUCAGAGUCAGAACAACAAGCAGAAUACAAAUCAAGUUAGUGUGCGAGACAGUCUUGCACAAACAAAUGCUAAGGUUGUUUCUAUGUAUGACAGCCAUGAAGAAACAAAUGUCAAAGUUGCGCAAUUUGGAUUUACCAGAUUUAGUCAACAGCAGCAGUUCUGUACAAAUAUAAGUCCAUCAAAUGAUCGUGUGAGAGGAAACAUGGACAGUAUUGACGGUCAAGAAGUUGAGGAAGCACAGGAAGCCUCUCUUACUAACCAGAAGAGGAGCGGUAAAAGUGCUUCAAAUGCCACCUCCCCUAAGCAGCAAACAGGAGCUGUGCGGAACUCUGGCGUGAGUGUGGACCAGGAGUAUGACUUGUUGGAAACGGAUAGCUUUGAAGAGGACCAUUUUGGGCCUGUUACUGGCAGUAGCAGCUCAAACAAAAGUGCUAAAAAAGAAUGUGUCGUAUCUUGAGAGGUUCUUGGUGAAUUUGUAUAGUAAUUUUUUUACUGUUUAAUAUACACAUACCUUGUUAAAGGGGCCUUUUCACAGAUUUUGGCAUAUAUUGAAGCUUGUCAUUAAAAGCUUUAUAUUGAUAAAUUAAAACAUUGGACCAAAAAAUCUCCAGUAAAAACCAAGAAUACAGUUAAAAAAAGGGAAAAAAAUUCACCCGAGUCUCCCACUUAGACCACACGCUCAUCCGUGCUCAUGUUAUGAGCAGAUGUAUUUUUAGCUCACCUGAGCACAACAUGCUCAUGGUGAGCUUUUGUGAUCGCCUUUUGUCCAUCGUGCGGCGUCAACAUUUGCCUUGUAAACACUCUAGAGGCCAGAUUUAUUGUCCAAUCUUCAUGAAAUUUGGUCAAAAGAUUGGUCUCAAUGAUAUCUUGGAUGAGUUCGAAAAUGGUUAUGUUUGCUUAAAAAACAUGGCUUCCAAGGGGCUGGGCAUUUUCCUUAUAUGGCUAUAGUAAAACCUUGUUAACACUCUAGAGGCCACAUUUAUAGUCCGAUCUUCAUAAAACUCGGUCAGAAGAUUCAUCGCAAUAAGAUCUUGGACGAGUUCAAAAAUGAUGCCGGUUGGUUGAAAACAUGGCCACCACGGGGGCGGGGCAUUUUUCCUUAUAUAGCUAUAGUAAAACCUUGUUAACACUCUUAAGGUCACAUUUAUUUUCCGAUCAUCAUGAAACUUGGUCAGAAGAUUUGUCCUAAUGAUAUCUUGGAUGAGUUCGAAAAUUGUUUUGGUUGCUUUAAAAACAUGGCCACCAGGGGGCGGGGCAUGUUUCCUUAUGUGGCUUUAUAUGGCUAUAGUAAAACCUGGUUAACACUCUAGAGGCCACAUUUAUUGUCCAGUCUUCAUGAAAUUUGGUCAGAAGAUUGGUCUCAAUGAUAUCUUGGAUUAGUUUGAAAAUAAUUAUGUUUGCUUGAAAAACAUGGCUUCCAAGGGGCGGGGCAAUUUUCCUAAUAUGGCUAUUAUAAAAUCUUGUUAACACUCAAGAGGCCACAUUUACUGUCCGAUCUUCAUGAAACUUGGUCAGAAGAUUCAUCCUGAUCAUAUUUUGGACGAGUUCAAAAAUAAUGCCGGUUGGUUGAAAAACAUGGCUGCCAGGGGGCGGGGCAUUUUUCCUUAUAUGGCUAUAGUAAAACCUUGUUAACACUCUAGAGGCCACAUUUAUUUUCUGAUCUUCAUGAAACUUGGUCAGAAGAUUUGUCCCAAUAAUAUCUUGUUAUCUCAGGUAAGCGACUUUGGGCCUUUCAGGCCCUCUUGUUUACUUAUAUAAGCAGUCCUCGUAGUUUCCCUAAAUAUAACGACAACAACAGAACUUUCCAAAUUAUUCAAUCGUUUCGCGUUGCAACGCUUUAUAAUUUUCAGGUUUUCAAAUCGUCAAAAGAUGCAUAUAAUGGUUAUUUUAGAGCAUGGUAAUUGUUUAUUUUAGAGCAUGGUAAUUGUUAAGUAUUACUAUUUCCUCAAAAAUAUAACUAAAUUGAAAAUGUUCGAAUCUGAAACAACUUUUUGUAAUUUUGUCAAUUAACCAAAACAUGAAAAGGCCCCUUUAAAUUUGAGAGGCAUUUAAAAUAUGUGUAUGAUAUAUGUAAUUUAUAUUGACAACAAGGUAAAGCAUCUAUUUUUAAGGUGUGUAAUUUUGUUAUAAUGAAAACUGUUAAGACGUGUUGUGAAGCACACCGUCUUUUUAUGCCCCCCUUCGAAGAAGAGGGGGUAUGUUGUUUUGCUCAUGUCGGUCCGUCUGUCCGUCCACCAGAUGGUUUCCGGAUGAUAACUCAAGAACGCUUAGGCCUAGGAUCAUGAAACUUCAUAGGUGCAUUGAUCAUGACUGGCAGAUGGCUCCUAUUGAUUUUCAGGUCACUAGGUCAAAGGUCAAGGUCACAGUGACUCAAAAUAGUAAAAUGGUUUCCGGAUGAUAACUCAAGAAUGCUUAGGCCAAGGAUCAUGAAACUUCAUAGGUACAUUGAUCAUGACUGGCAGAUGACCCCUAUUGAAUUUUAGGUCACUAGGUCAAAGGUCACAGUGACUCAAAAUAGUAAAAUGGUUUCCGGAUGAUAACUCAAGAAUGCUUAUACCUAGGAUCAUGAAACUUCAUAGGUACAUUGAUCAUGACUGGCAAAUGACCCCUAUUGAUUUUCAGGUCACUAGGUCAAAGGUCAAGGUCAAAGUAAUUCAUUAAUUGUGUUUGUCCAAAACUGUAACCUUGGUUAAAGUUUUGCAAUAUCUAAAAUGGUGUCCGGAUGAUAACUCAAGAAU